UCUAUUGCAAAUGGCGGAUUCUGUUAUUGUUCCAUGGCGAACGUCAAGGGAAUAAAAUCAUGCCUGAAAAGCUACCAUUUCGAGAUAUGGAAGGGGAGGACGUAGCAACUACAGUCCUCACAUGUGAGGGAGAUAUUGAUGACCCCACAUUCCCUUUCAAGCUCCAGCUUCUGGUUAGCAAGCUGCAAAAUCUCAUCUCAGAUGAGGAAAAUCCUAUCAAAGUAACCAAAGUUGAGCGGUGGAAUAGUGUGCGAGUGACUUUCAACAUCCCUUUAGAAGCUGCUCAGCGCUUAAGACAGUUGGCUGAAAGAGGAGACAGAGUAUUAAGAGAUCUUGGGAUCCUAUCAGUUCAAAUUGAAGGAGACCAGGUCAUCACUUUAACAUUAGCUAGCCAGUAUAGUGAACCUCAAGAAAUAGUCUUAAGAAAAACAUCCGAAGAAGAAGGCAAUGUUGCGAGUGUCUCUUUUAGCCUACCAAAUUCUGAACCUGUGCCUGGCCCUAGUUCGGCUGAAUCAGCUCAUAAAAAUAUCAGUCAGUUCCUUGGACAUAUUGUUGGAGGAGCCACGGCUGCUGCUUCUGCAGUAAAUCCUUCAUCGAGACUGGAAAGAACAUCAUCUCCAAAAACAGACAUUUCAGUUGGCUUUCGUUCACCUAAUGUUAUUGCUCCAUCAAGUACUGAACCCAUACCAUUUCCUCCUGCCGCUGUUGUCACUACUUCUGCUGCAAUAUCUGUUUCUUCUCGUGUUUCCCCAAAUGUUUCUGUUAAAUCCUCAUCUGGUUUUGGUCCAUUUCCUUUUGCUAGCAUGACACAUGCAAUGAAUACAAAAAAUAAUUCAUCAAGUCCUCAGUAUCAGCCGGUUGUUCAUGUGCAAAGUGGAAAUCCUCGCAUUUCAUUCACCUCCUCUCCAGCUCAGUUGACAUCUGCAAUUCUCAAUUCUUCUAAUCCUACGUCAACAAAAGUUACUACAACAUUACAUAAAAUUCCGAGAACAUUAUCAAACUCUGCUUUUAACAAUGUUUUGUCACGAACUGCCCCACCUAAUGUUAUAGCAUCAACAUCUCGUGGUAAUGUUGCACUUUCAAGUCCACUUCUUGUUAAUUUGCUUCAAAGUGAAACAUCUAAUUUGCAGCCUAACAAUAAAUUAAUGCCUCCUCCAUCUCAGGCUUCAAACCAACCCCCUAAACGUAAAAGAAAACCACGCAAAAAUAAGGAUAAAAUAAUUGAAGAUGGUAAUGUGUCUUCACCAAGUUUUUCAGCAUCACCUUCACCGCCUUCAUUUCAAACUCAUUUAGGUGUCAAGUCACCUGGAGGAUUUGAUCCCCUCAGUGCACUUGGCCAAUCUCUUAGUGUGCCUAUUAGUAAUUUAUCACCACCACACUCUCAAAUUACUACUAUUCAUCCCAUGGCCCAAGGCCAACCACAAGUUUCUACUGUUAAAACUCAACCUCCGAAUGUUCAUAUUCAAGUGCAAGGAUUACCACCAGUGUCAUUACAGUCACAAAUUCAAGGACAGCCUAUGGUAUCUACUAAUCGACCAAUAGGUCAUCAGGCACUCUCUGCCUUUCGCCAUACACAAGGACAUCGAGCAGUGCCGAAUAUCCAUCCACAGGCACAAGGUCAGCCUCAAGUACAUACAGGUAACCUGCCUCUCCAUACUCAUAUUCCUGUUGGUGCACCACAAAUUGCAAGACCUCCAUCAACAAAUUUGCAAUCAUAUGCAAUGUCUGCACCACGUGCAAUGCCUGUAAAUCCUACUAGGUCAUUAUUUGCUUCAAAAGACACAUCUCUAAAAAUUAAUGAAAAAGUUUCUAAAGAUGCUAGUACAAUAAAAUCUGACAGGUCUAGUGCACCUUCAACACCCAGUACAUCCACUCCAGAUUCUAAUCCUUUUCCAUCUCCUCCUUCAUCAAGUGAUGGCAAAACAAAGCAUUUAAUUAAUCCCUUUACAGGACAGUUAGAACCUAUGCCUAGUGAUGAUGAAGAGGAAGAAGAAUCAAUUGGUUCUCUUCCUCCUUUUCCAGAUUUCGAAAUUGAUACUUCUGAAAAAAGUCAUUCAGAAAGGAGUUUAUCGGAUGGUGGAAAGGAUAACAACUUAUCAUCUGAUACAGAUUCUGGUAUUAGUAAAUCAAUAACUGAUGUUUCUCAAUCCUCAACUGAGGGGCUGAAUGUGGAUUUUAGUAAAGAUAUAAAGAAAACUGAAACUGUGACUAAGACAGAAAGUGUUCCUACUGCAUUGGUUACAUCUUCUAUACCUGGUGAAAAAAUUAAGCUAAGAUUAAAGUUGGAUUCCAAAACUAUCAGAGAAUCAAAAGAUGUUGAAUCAAAGGAGAAACGUGUCAAAGAAUCUAACCCUGUUCUAAAUCAAAAAAUUGAUGUCGCUGUUGUAAGUAUACCUGGUAUGAAAAAGAAUUCUGCAACAUCUCUUUCAUCUGCCCCUGAGCCUCGAGUGCCUCCUUUACAUAUCUCACUUCGUGGUCCGAAUGCUGCUGUUGUUGUAAGCCCUAGGAAAGAUGAUUCUAAGUCAAGACAUAUUUCAAAUAAAGAAGAACAUUCAAGUGUAGAACCUCCUCAAAAAGUUAGUCAGAAAAAAGUACGGUCUCCAAGAACUUCUCGCACAGGAGAUGCUUCAAAUAUUGCAUCAUCCUUAAGUGGUCGUACGUUAGACACUCUUGAAAAAAGGGUUAAAAACAAUCCAAAAGAUUACAAAAAAGUCAAAGAUGAUUUCUGGAAUCCAAAUGCAAAAAAUAUAUCCAUGUCUGGUGGAGGUAUUGUUGAGGUAAGUGAAAAAAUGACUGCUCGUACCUCGUAUGAUACCUACCUUUCUAACACACCUGUAAGUCAAGUUGUGCAGCAUAACACAUCAAACAUUUUCAAUUUUACUACUCGGGAUUCUUGCAAGUCAGAGGUAAUGACAUUGACCUCAUGUUCAACUGGAGAAAGUGUUACUUUACAUACUUUUUCUGGAACCAAAUCUCCACUGCCAUUACAAGUAUCUGCAGUCUCAGAAACUGAAGGUCUUACUUCUGAUGCAUUGCAGUCAGUGAAAAAGGUAGUGAGCUCAAAUUCAUCUAGUGUAGUUCUUCCUGUUGAAAGGACAGAAAGUCAAAGCGUAGAUAGAAUUGAGCCACAUGAAGGAAAACAGAGUGAAAGUUCAGUUCAUGUUGGAAGUACUGCUGAUAAUUUAAUUUCAAGUUCUAUGAAAUCACCUAUGCAAAAUAAUUAUCUACCUCAUUCACCAAAUGCACCUGUUGAUAAAAGUAAUGUACAGAAUACUUAUUGUCCUGGUGACCAGACUCAUUCACAAUCUGCCAGUAGUUUAAAUGUAGUGUCCACUGUGCCUCUGAGUUCUCACUCAACGUUUUCGCAUACUUGCAAUGCAAAUGAAACUGCCUCAGAUUCAAGUGUUCAAAUGCAAGUAAGUGAUUCCACGGAUGCAAAUAAACAUUCUCUAUCUGACAGGAUAGCGGCUGAUUCUGUAGAAAGCGUGUCUAGCUCUACAGAUUGCCAGAACCUUCAAUCUAACCAUCAGUGCAAUACUUAUUCGUUAAAUAAUGUAACAAACAAUGUAGAUGAAAAUGUAAAUAGUAAAAAUGUACAAAGGGACUUAUGUGUUAAAUCUGAAUCACUGCACGAUAAAAGUGUAUGUGUAACUGAAGUACAAAAUCUAGUUGAUGUAAAUAAAAAUGUUACUGCCAAUACAAGUGAAAAACUUCAAACAGAACAGUCUGCAAGUGUAAAAAGUGAAAUUUCAGAUAAAAUGACUCCUAAAGAUAUAUGUUCAGAAGACAAUAAAUGUAAAAAGGCAUUUUCUAAUAAUUUAGAUUCUUGUGAUUUGUCCUCGUGUUCAACACCUGUACCUAAAAAAGAGACAAAAGAUAUCGACGCCGCUGACAAAAGUUUGUGUGAUGUUGAAACGAAAAAAUCUCCAGAUGCGCAGAUAAUCAAUGUUGAAAAUUUACCAAUCCAGCCUCUCGUGAUUGAAGUGCCUUCUCUGCAAACCUCACCAGUUGUGCCAAAUGUGUUGGCCAAAACAGGAUGUGCAGUUGAAAUUAAUUCUUCACCUUCACCCGUUUCAUCUAGUGGUGGCACGUUUCUAUCAACAUGCAAUUCAGACACCAAUGAAACUACAACUAGUGAAGGCAGGGUUUCUCCAAAUAAAAGAACAGCAAAUAUAAUGAAAGUUUCUAAUCAUUCUGAAAAUUGUUCAGUAUUAACUUUGCCUUGUGAUUCUGAUAAAGUUAAAUUGCUUAAUCAUGCCAGUACUGUUGUGCAAGAAGCGCCUUCAAACACGAAAGAAAGUUCAGCUUUGAGUUCCUCAAUUGCUGCGUGUGAGGAAUCCAGUUUGGAUCCUAUUAGUGAAGAAAGGAAAAGGUGUAUGCUCUCUGAAAUACCUACCAGUACACCUGGGCCUCCGCCUAUUGAGUCCCCAACUAUGCCACCUAUUCCAAAAUCGGAUGCAUUUGCUCCUGAAAUUCAAAAUCAUUUGCCUCCACCUGUUAACGUUCAAACUGGAAUAAUCAAUAGUGACUGCCCACCUGUACCUGAAGUUGUUACUGAAGUGCCUGCAGUUAGUGGAAAUAAUUUUACAGAUGAAGUCUUGAAAUCAACAUUAACAAAUUCUUCAAUGAAGCCAGAUUCAACAAUUGUGUCAGAUAUCCAGAUUCAACUACCAACCUCUAGUAGUAGUGCACCUAAUAAAACAAUUCCAAUUGAAAAAGCCAGCCUGUUUUCUUCUGAGAACUCUAUUUCAAAUAGUUGCAGUCAAAGUCCACUUCAAAAAGCAAAAUUAUUAGACGCCAAUUCCACUUUAACCUCGAAAGUAUCAGAUAGCUCUCCAUUAAUUGGUUUAAAUGAUGCUGGAUCAUCGUUAAUCUCAGAUUGUAAAAUGACUUCAAAAGAUGUGAAGAAAGAUUCUAUGUGUUCUGAAUCUCUACAUGUUCUGAAUACUGUAAGUAAUCCUGUAGUAACAUCUUUAUUGUCUCCAGUGAAGUAUAUACCCUCAGAAAUGAGUAGCCAAAAAUUUAAACUAAUUUUCAAAGGUGGUAGUGGUCAAAGGACUUCUUUGCAAAGUAGCAAUUCACCGACAGGUUUAGUAGUUCCUCUUAAUUCAUCUAAAACAGUCCCUAUAAAACUAGUAACACUACCUGGAGGUGCAUCAGCUCUUUCUGUGCGAUCAACCUCCAAUCCAAAUAUUGUGGAAAUUAUCGGACCCAAAACAGCCUCUUCUCAAAAUUCACCGUCUCCAGGCAACACACAUCCAUCUUCUCCAGUUCGAUUAGUAGUUUCAAAAGUAUCACCUGGAUUGUCUUGUGCAAGUCAAAGUGGCUCAACUAAUAUUCGAAAUAGAGUUGUUGUAAAAUCAGUAGUUGUUACUGGGACAUCACCUGCAAUCAAAUUGCUAUCUGCUAAUGCUUUAUAUACAACUGCAACUGCUUCAUCAAAUUUAGGGGCCACGUCUACCUCAUCUGUUGUGCAAAGUGUUUCUUCACUUUUGACAUCUAGUACAACCUCAGUUCAUAACCCUUCAACAAGUUCUUAUAAUUUUAUUACACAAUCUGUGUCAGUUAAUUGCCCAACAGACCAAAUAAGUAAUAGUGAAAAUAAUAACUCUCGUGAACCCCUUGAUUCUAUUUCAAAAACACUUAACUCUCCAAAUGCAUCGACAUCAAGAUGUUCCUCGUCUAUUGAUAGUACAACAAGUGAAAUACUUCCUGAUUCUUCUGUGAAGAAUUCUGCAAUUCCUGAUGAAACAGAGCAAACUGUUACUACACAUUCUUCUCCAUCCAUCACAACACCUGAUACUACUACUCUUCCAAAUGAAGUUUCUACCAAUACAAAGGUUACCUCAUUAGAUGAUUGUCAAAGGUCAGGCAUUUCGGGAAAUUCUUCAAGUUCUGAAUCUGCAUUACUUAAAAAUUCAGAAAAUUCUCAAAAGGAUUCAGUAGUUAUUGAAACAAAUUCAAAUGCUGCAGCUCUUGCUGACACUACAACCGAACCUGUUACUGAAGUUUCUUCUGUAUCCUGUGCAAUCAACAAAAAAUGUGAGCAACCUGAAAUGCUAGAGUCCAAUUCCUGUGGGAUGGAAAAAAGUGAAAAAUUAACAGAUUUAGAAUCCGAAAAGUCUAAACUCUCAAAUUCUGACAAAUGUAAUGAAAGUACAAUUAAUUCUGAAGUUUCUGCGAGUAGUUUUACCAAAUCAUCUGAAUCGGAUGACUCAAAAAAAAGUGAACAAACAAUUGAUAGUGCCAUUAAAUCUAGUUUGAAUAACAUAUCUAAAGACUCCGAGACCUCUGAUUCAGUUGAUAAUUUAAUUGUACCUUCAGCAUUGCAGUCUGUAAAAGUUGAAGAUAAACCAAAAUUAGCAGAUAUUGUCAAUUCAGACUCAAAUGUAGAUCAUUGCGUAGAAGUAAGUGUAGAUAAUCCCUGUUUAAUGGAAAGUGAAGUCAUUGUAACCAGUAACAUUGAAGUUGAUAUUUCUGAAGCAUCGGAAGGCAAGCAGAAAAUGCAGAACACAGAGCUUGAGUGCAGUGAUGUGCUUCUAGAUUGUUCUUCAAUUGUUGAUUCUUCGCAAAAUAAAAUCUGCAAAGAAGAGAUUAUUUUGCAAGCAGAUGAUUCAAGCAAGCUGAAUGAUAAUUGUGGUGUUGAGAUGCAAAAAUUCCGUCCACUUGGUAAUGAAAGUAUCAGCAUAAUUGACAGCACAGAAUCUGAUGGUGGAAAGUUGGUUAUGGAAGAUUCCCAACUUGAAAUUUCUCUAGUCUAUUCAAAACCUCUUAAACGAAAGUGUUCUGAAAAUGCUGCUGAGCUAAUUAAAGCUUGCAUGGGUGUAGAAGAUGGUCCCAAACGAGGAGUUGUCGUUAAAGGAAAGAGUUUUGAAGAAUCAACUGAAAAACCUGAGAAUGAUAAAUUAGAAGAAAAUAUACGAAUGAGCUUAAGGAUAAGAAGGGAUGAUACAGUGCUAAAGAAAAAUAAAAGCUCUACUGUGAAUACAGAAUGUUCAACAGAUGAAGAGCUAUCCUUAAGUGAACUGGUUACAAAGACCCGAACGCGAAGCAGCAGGAUUAGCAACAGAGACAGCCCUUUUGAGCCGAACAAUCUGAGGCCCGGGAGACGGAGAUCUGGCUCGAAUGAAUCACGCCAUAGCGAAGAGAUCAAAACUCCCAGAACUCCGAGAGAAAGCAAAAAGGAAGCCAAUAAGAAAGAAGAAGUACCCAAAAAAUUGCCAGAGCGAACAAAAAGAGGGACACUAAAAGCCCAAGAUCAGGUCAUAAUGUCCGAAAUUCCCGUGCAGAGAAGUGGUCGAAUCCGCGAUCGAGAAAUGAAAUCUAAUUCCAUAAAUAAUAAUAAAGAAGAAGUUUCUAUAGGUGUUAAAAGGAAAACUCGAGGCAGUGUAGAUCCACAAGAAAUGCUAGUACAAGUGAAAAGGCGGCGCUACUCUAAAGAUGGUCACAGAUAACCCAGAGCUGUAUUGUAAAUAGAUUGUAAUUUACAUUUUUCCUCUUGUAUAUAGCAUCACUGUAAAUACCAAAGUUUGACAUUCACAUGUAUGUGCAUUCAUGUAUAGAGAAUAUAAAAGAGUGGUGGAUUUAAUAUUUGUGCAAUUGUUUGAUUUUUUAAAAAAAAUAUACUUGAAUCUAUGCAUUGAGACAGUUUUAAGUUAUUGUUAUUUUUAUUGUUCACCUUCAGAAAUUUUAUAAAUCAUUUAGUGCAACAGCUUUUUAGCUCAGCUUCAAUUUUGUAUAGUUUUAAGACCUUAAUAAACCAUUGUAUUUUUGGACCACUGUAGAAAUUGG